AUGGAUGGAAGUGGACUGAGAUCCGUGUCGGUGCUUCCGUCAAUCAAUAUGCAAGGUCUGGUGUUUGUUGCCUUUGCAGAAGGCACCCUGAGUUUUACAAGAGGAAAAGGGGUAUGUUUGCUGGCUCCCGGACCCGGCACGCGGGCUAAGGAGUUGCAGCAGCAGCUUGACGCACUUCGCGCCCAGCACACCCAGCUGCAGCAGGACAUGGUCGGACGCUUGAAAGGAACCAAUUCCACAGACGUCGAAGGCGAAGGCCAUCUGGGAGAUAGCAUCGCCGUGGCAAGUAGGGUCAGGCAAGCCGGCUUGUUGCCAAGCAAGCUGCAUUCCGCUCGGGUGGACAUGUCAGAGCUCAACUCCAACUAUGUUGAGCGAGCUCUGACGGGUGGGUUGGCCCAGGGCAUCCACCUGACCGUAAAUUACGGUCAGGACCUGGCCAACCCCACCGGGGCGGUCUCGUACUGGAGGGACAAGCAGCACUUCGACGGGCCGCCACAGCAGAUGGUGCUGCUGCUUACGGAGGCGCGUCGGCUUCCAGCGUUUGGUGCAUCCAUUCGCAUACCUUGCCAGGGUGCUGCACCUCCUGAUCUCCCAGAGCCCGAAGCUCGUCCGCCGCCCCAGGCGGGCGAUCAGACGGUGGCACCGUCCUGCCUGCAUGCGGGUAAUGACCUAAACUGCCAGCAGGAGAGUCGAGCUUCGGAUGCUGCCCUUCGCCGAUUUGUCGUGACAGCCUGA